AUGGCGGAGCACUGCAGUCUCACACUGCUGACGCCCGUGCAGACCUGUGGCGACGGCGAGAGCUUCUGCCCACACCUUUGCGGCCUCGUCCUAGUGAUGGCAGACAACAAGGCGUGCGAGGAUGCCUGCCAUCGUCGUCUCCCGACCAUCAAAGCAGCUGUCAUGGAUUAUUGCCAGGGCAAGUUUUGCUCGGCUGCCCUGCUGGACGGGAGCAGCUUGUUGCAACAUCGCUCCGCUCCGGGCUGCGAUGCCCGGGAGCCGUACUGCGAGCGGCUCUGCCAUGGCGGACUUUUUCAGGAUGAGGACCUGGGAUGUCACACAAGCUGUGUUUCCCACUUUGACAUCCUCAAGAAGGCUUACGACAACUGGUGCGACCUUUGCCAAAACCCAGAGGGCAAGCACUCGAGCAAGAGCGCCGUCCCACGCCGCGUCCACUGA